AUGCCUAUGAAAUACCUUUCCAAGGCUGAAGGUUACGAUAAGCUGCCGGCGCCUGUUGGCCCCACCUCGUAUCUUGAGGACACAAUGUCCUCCAACGCAGAGAAAGACUUCCAAAUCACCUCGGGUUUCUACAAGCAGGUCAGUGGCGAGCCGCUCGUGUACACCUAUGGCUACGACGAGAUGAAGGUUGUUCUCGAUGUGAAGGGUACCGUCGAGAUCUCUGACGAGGAAGGAACCAAGGUGUAUCCGCAAAGAGGCGACGUGUUGUACUUCAAAAAAGGCUGCACCAUCACUUUCAAGGCCGUCGAGGACGAUGCGUACGGAUAUUUCUGGUACUGUGGCCGCAAGUCAUUUGGAGAAAUAUAA